CAUCGUGAAACCCACACUUGAAAUUUUUGGAUCCACAACUUCAGCGAAGAGAAGGAAAUUGUUGACCCUCAGUAAAUGCAAUCCCUCUCCCAGAGCUAGAUUGGUUCCAAAUAAAUUUAUUUGUGGAAAAUAAAAAAUCUUUGAUCUGGGCGGCGAUUUGGAAGAAGAUUCUAGCCGUGCGUUGUCGAUUUGGAAGCAGCUUUAUGUGUGCUGCUGCUGUCUCUCUUUGUUUGUUCAAUAAUGGCUUUUCUACGUUCACUUCAAGUAGAAGAAAUGGCUAUGACCUCGAAAUCCCGCAAGUUACAUAAGAGAAAAAGAGAUGGAAGAGGAGCUAUUAAUGCAAAGACGUGAAGAGGAGGGUAGAGGUAAAGAAAGACGAAAGGCUCUCUUGGAGAAGGAAGAACGUAAAUGGAAGGAGAUAGAAGCUUCUCUCAUAUCCUCUAUUCCUAAUGCCGGAAGCAGGGAAGCAGCAGCCAUGGCAGCUGCUGUUCGUGCAGUAGGAGGUGAUUCUGUUCUUGAUGUUUCUAGCAUUGCUCGCAGGAUAUGUUCAACUCAGUUAGCUCAUCAAGCCCUUCAAGUGUGUGCUUUUGUUCUUACAUGGACUAUGUGACAAUUGGAAGAUGUUUCGGCUAGACAAGCAAAG